AUGGGAUCGGACUCUCCAUCAUCGACGCCCGCCGCCGCCGGCGCGGAGGCAUCGAGCUCCAGCACCGGGGCCCCGCGAGAGGUCGUCAACGACCCCGCGCGCACAGGGUUCGACCCUGAGACCAAGUGGUGGAUGAACUACUUCAGCAUCCUCUCGGGCCAGAUGACCAAGGAGGGCCAGUUCCACUACCGCGAAUGGCGGUACAAGGUCCAUGAGGAGCGCGACUGCAAGCGCUGCGAGGAGUACCGCGACUGGCUCUUCACCUACUCGCCCGUCGUGCGCUUCCUUUCAGACAAGAUCCGCGGCCUCAACGGCAAUCUCGACCGCGACAAUAUCCUCUGCCGCCGCUGCCCGGCCCGCCUCGAAGAAGACGGCCAGGUUCACCGCCAGUCGGGUGGCUUCAGCCCCAACCACGGCAUCCUGCUCUGCGCAAACGAGAUCCGCGACCGCAAGCACCUCGAAGACACGCUCGCGCACGAAAUGGUACACGCCUGGGACCACCUGCGGUGGAAGGUCGACUGGGCGGGCGACAAGGACCUGAAGCACGCUGCGUGCACAGAGAUCCGCGCUUCCAUGCUCAGUGGCGAAUGCCGUUUCACGCGAGAGGCCUUCACCAGAGGGCAGUGGUCGGUUACACAGCAGUUCCAAAACUGCGUCCGCAGGAGGGCCAUCAACUCCGUCAUGGCGCGGCCGAGGUGCAAGGAUGAGGCGCAGGCGUCCAAGGUGAUUGACCAAGUCUGGGACUCGUGCUUCUCCGACACUCGGCCAUUCGACGAGGUAUAUAGGUGA